AUGUCCUCACCAGCGUCCAGAAGGAACAGUUGCCGCGCAGCUGUAUGUGGAAGCCGGGCAUCAUCUGAUUGCCAUAACCGUCGCCGGAGCUCCAGCUGUUCUUACUUUUCCUCCGGAGCGCAACCUGAAGACUUCUCCGUCAGUCUGAGCCAGCCGAUAUUUACAAUAACGCUCCGGUUUCUGCUGGCGAUAGAUCUGUGGCUGUCCAAGCAGCUCGGGGUGUGCGCCUGUGAGGAGUCUGCGUGGGGCUCCAUACGGCCCUUGGUGCGGCUGGUGGAGUUCUCCGGUCACGGUAUCCCGUGGAUCAUCGGCACUGUGUACACGCUGCUGCGUGGAGAGAGCGUGGAGGAGCAGGAGAUCAUGCUGAAUUUGGCCCUGGCUCUGAUUUUGGACCUGCUGCUGGUCCGAGUGGUGAAGACGGUGGUCAGGCGUCGAAGGCCUUCCCAGAACCGCUCUGACAUCCUCUCCGCCUUCUUCGUGGAGCGCUACUCCUUCCCCUCGGGCCACGCCUCGAGGGCGGCCAUGUGCGCCCGCUUCUUCCUCGCCCAGCUGGUGGACACGGCCUCCAUGCGGGUGCUGGUGGUGGGCUGGGCCGCCCUGGUGAGCCUGAGUCGGCUGCUGCUCGCCCGGCACUAUGUGACGGACGUGGGCUUUGGCCUGGCCAUGGGCUACUGCCAGUACAGCCUGGUGGAGAGGUUGUGGGUGACCUGGGACUGCCUGCAGGACCUGCUGUUCAUGCGGCUGAGAGAGAGACUCAACAGGGCUUACAGUGGACUCUGGAUGGUGGAUUGGAAGCAUUUAGGUUAGGUGGAGCUGUGUGUGUGUGUGUGUGUGUGUGUGUGUGUUAACCUGUGUGUGGGGAACAAGUGUAGCAUGAGUGUGGUGUGUGUGACCCAGAAAUUCCCUGCGACUAUAAAAAGUGAGCUUAGAUUAAAGUCCUUCUACUUCUUUGUUUCUAUCAGUUUUCAUGUACUCGUUUGCGUUCUGUUUUUUUUUUCUAUGCAGGUUGUUUACACCGUGGUAUUGCUGAUGCAUGGACUUAAUCUCACAAGGCUAAAUGACUAUUUUUUAUAUGUGUAUAUAAAAAGCCGAUUAAAGAAAGCUGUGU